AUGCAGCGGGUCGGUAACAGCUUCUCCAACGAGAGCCGGGUGGCAUCCCGGAGCCCCAGCGUGGCCCUCGCUGAGCGGAGCCAGGUGGCCACGCUGCCGGUGCGGCUGCUCGGGGACGAGCCGGCAGCUGCACGGGACGAUGGCCAUGCUGAAGACGGUUUCCAGAUGAAGAUGGACGCCCACGGCUUCGCCCCGGAGGAACUGAUGGUGCGGGUGGAUGGCGGAUGUCUGAUGGUGACCGGCCAGCGGCAGCUGGAGGGCUCCAACCCCGCAAAGGGCAGCUACCGGCUGUCGCAGAAGAUGCACCGGCAAAUGCGACUCCCGUCCGACCUGGAUCCCACCGCCAUGACCUGCUGCCUGACCCCCUCGGGUCAGCUGUGGGUCAGGGGCCAGUGUGGGGCGCUGCCUCUUCCCAGAGCCCAAACAGGACCGUCCCCGAGACUCAGGAGCCGUGGCCCUGAGAAGUCCUACGACCUCGCCUAACCCAGUAAACAACCAUGGUGUGCAGCA